AUGCCAGGGAAGCCCAAGCACCUGGGCGUCCCCAACGGGCGCAUGGUUGUGGCUGUCUCAGACGGAGAGCUGAGCAGCACGGCGCCGCCCCAGCGCCAAGGCGAGGGCCGAGGCAGCUCCCUCAGCAUCCACAGCCUCCCCAGCGGUCCCACCAGCCCCUUCCCCACGGGGGACCAGCCCGUGGCCAGCUGGGGCCUGUCCUUCGAGCGGCUGCUGCAGGACCCACUGGGCCAGGCUUACUUCACUGAGUUCCUGAAGAAGGAAUUCAGUGCCGAGAACCUGACUUUCUGGAAGGCCUGCGAGAGCUUCCAGCAGAUCCCUGCCAGCGACACCCAGCAGCUCGCUCAGGAGGCCCGCAGCAUCUACCAGGAGUUCCUGUCCAGCCAGGCACUGAGCCCCGUGAACAUCGACCGUCAGGCCUGGCUCGGUGAGGAGGUGCUGGCCGAGCCCCGGCCGGACAUGUUCCGGGCACAGCAGCUUCAGAUCUUCAACUUGAUGAAAUUCGACAGCUAUGCGCGCUUCGUCAAGUCUCCGCUGUACCGCGAGUGCCUCCUGGCGGAGGCGGAGGGGCGCUCCCUCCCGGACCCUGGCUCCUCGCGCCUCGGCAGCCCCGACGCCGCCAGGAAGAAGCCGAAGCUGAAGCCCGGGAAGUCACUGCCACUUGGCGUGGAGGAGCUGGGUCAGCUGCCGUCCGCCGAGGGCCCCGGGGGCCGUCCGCUCCGCAAGUCCUUCCGCAGGGAGCUGGCGGGCACGGGGGCAAAUUCGGCCUCGAGACGAGAGUCCCAGGGCUCCCUCAACUCGUCGGCCAGCCUGGACCUCGGCUUCCUUGCCUUUGCCAACAGCAAAUCUGAGAGCCAUCGGAAGAGCCUCGGGAGCUCAGAAGGGGAGAGCGAAAGCCGGCAAGGGAAGUACUGUUGCGUGUACCUGCCCGAUGGCACAGCCUCCUUGGCCCUGGCCCGACCUGGCCUCACCAUCCGUGCCAUGCUGGCAGGCAUCUGUGAGAAACGAGGCCUCUCUCUGCCUGACAUCAAGGUCUACCUGGUGGGCAACGAGCAGAAGGCCCUGGUCCUGGAUCAGGACUGCACCGUGCUGGCGGACCAGGAAGUGAGACUGGAGAACAGGAUCACCUUCCACCUCGAGUUGGCGGCGAUACAGCGCUUGGUGCGGAUCUCCGCCAAGCCCACCAAGCGGCUGCAGGAGGCGCUGCAGCCCAUCCUGGCGAAGCACGGCCUGAGCCCGCAACAGGUGGAACUGCGCCUGCCAGGCGAGAAGCAGCCGCUGGAUCUGGGGAAGCUAGUCAGCUCAGUGGCGGCCCAGAGACUGGUUUUGAACACUCUCCCAGGUGUGAAGAUUUCCGAAGCCCCGGACGCAUCCCCCUGCCACGGCCAGCGCGCGCCGCCUAGAACGGAGGACAAAGCCUCUCACCCUCCCCGGCUGCUGCUCAGCUGCCCGGCAGAGGAGCCCAGCAGUGUCACUGGGAAGCGACAGACCUGUGACAUCGAAGGCCUGGUGGAGCUGCUGAACCGGGUGCAAAGCAGUGGGGCCCAUGACCAAAGGGGACUUCUGCGCAAAGAGGACCUGGUGCUUCCAGAAUUUCUGCAGCUGCCUGCCCAAGGGCCCCCCUCCCAGGAUGCCCCCCCACAAACUGAACCAUCUGCCCAGCCUGAGGGGGACCCCUCGGGCUGCACUGCGCACUCGGCCCUCUGA